GAUAAAAUUCGCGCAUUCAAGAUCGACUUACGUUUCAUAUACGAUACUGAAAAGGUUGAAUAUGAUGUUGGUGCUGGGGAAGCAUCGAUGGAACCAGCAGCACCGAAACUUUUUCAUGAUCUGGGAAAGCUCUUACGUGAAGGGAAGGACGUUCUUGAUGGCAUUCUGGGUUGUACAUUGGAGGACGCUACGGCAGAGAGGGCGAGCGGUUGGAUCAUUCAGAUUUGUGGUCUUCAAGGCCAAAUCUCGUCACUGCAUUUAAUACGAAAGGGACUUUAUGUUGCGAUACCCCAAUACAAGUUUGGAUUUCCUACAAGUACAUCUGGUUUGGAAUCU